UGGUACUGCAGAAGGCCCCGCCCCGCAGGAGCCAUUUGUUGCGCGGUUCAGACAGCCCUCAGUUAGAGCCCCUGUGUCGCGCCUGCGGGGCGGGGCGCCUGUGGGCCCCGCCCCUCAGGCCGGCCCCACCUCAAGGCCGCCCCGCCCCUCCCGCAGUGGUGAGCUCGGGCGCGGCGCGAGGCGGGCGCUAGGGCGCCAGCAGUCCUGCGGCGGCGACAAUGAUGGACCGGGAGCCAGUGAACCGGGAGGAGGGAGGAGAAGCAGUGGGUGUCUCCGGAGCUGCGGCCGCCUCGGCGUUCAGGGAAUCGUCUCGGCAGAUGAGUAAUGACAGAGGCUUUGAAAAUGUAGAACUGGGAGUCAUAGGAAAAAAGAAGAAAGUCCCAAGGAGAGUCAUCCACUUCGUCAGUGGUGAGACAAUGGAAGAAUACAGCACAGAUGAGGAUGAGGUCGAUGGCCUGGAGAAGAAGGAUGUUUUACCCACUGUUGAUCCGACAAAACUUACCUGGGGCCCAUACUUAUGGUUUUACAUGCUUCGUGCUGCCACAUCAACCCUCUCAGUAUGUGACUUCCUUGGAGAAAAGAUUGCGUCUGUUUUGGGCAUCAGCACCCCAAAAUACCAGUAUGCCAUCGAUGAGUAUUACCGGAUGAAGAAGGAGGAAGAAGAAGAAGAAGAAGAAAAUAGAAUGUCUGAAGAAGCAGAAAGGCAGUACCAACAAAAUAAGAUGCAGGCUGAUUCCACUGUCCAGUCAGAUCAACCAGAAACACUGGUAUCCAGUUCAUUUGUGAAUCUCAAUUUUGAAAUGGAGGGAGAUUGUGAAGUAAUUAUGGAAAGCAAACAAAAUCCAGUCCCUGUCCCUCUGUAGAAUGAAAUGACUAUCAAACUUCUAAGUUUUUUUUUUUAAACCAGAAACUUCACAUUCUAUAUUCUGUGGGACUUAAUACAGUUAUUUAUACUUUAAAUUAUUAAGUUAUCUGCAAAGGAAAAGUGUUUCUUUAUUCUUAGGCUCUAUCAAAAGCCAGAUUUGAAAUUUGGAUAUUUGUACUAUGCUUUUAACUGUGUCAAAUUAGUACUUUGGUUUUAAAAUGAUCUUUAAAAAAAUUUAAGGACAUUCUAGAGCCCUAACCACCAAUUAAAAAGAGUUAAAUUAUCAAGCUUGUCUGUUUAUAAGGAAAAAAUAAUUAGGUAAGUUACUGAUUAAGGCCAGUUGAGCUGGUAUUUGUAGUCUUAGAUUAAAAAUAAGGAUUUUUCCCCCCCUAGAUUUUCUUAUGUCUUACGUUUAUAUAUCUAACCAUUCAUUACAUAGUAAGGAUGGUUCACUGAGUGUGUAAUAAAAGGAGCAAGAUAAAAGCAUUUUGAAUUUUCUUUCCUUGAGAAUAAUUUUAUUUCAUGGGAAGGUGAUCAAGUUUAUACACUACCAAAUAUAAAGAUGGUUUUCCAUUUUUUAAUGAAGGCUACUUAAUCUUAUGUUCUCUUUUAGUAGUUAGACUUAAAUAACUAAAUUUUAGUGUUAAAAAACACUAGUAAUGGGAUGAAUUUAUUAAUGUAAUUGUAUUCAAGUGGUGAUACCUAGUGAUUAUCCAUAUGGCAUGCUGGUUAUGUCACUCAUUCAGCCCUGAGUGCCUCCUAUGGGUCAAGUAGUUGCAGGAUGAGAGUGAGGAAUAGACGAAGACCGAAACCCUCCAGGGGCUCACUGUUAAAUAGUGUACAAGAUGCAUUGGUAGCAUAAUUAAGUUCUUGUCAUUCAUCACUUCGACAUAACGACAGUGGAUGGUUUACUCGACCCAGGUUGGCCAUCUCUGUACCCACUGUGCUAUUAGCAGGUUUUACAAAUGUAUAAUGUGAAUCCCAUUUUGAAAAUAUUCCUGUAUAUGUUCAGAAUCUUAUAUGUGUAUGACUUUGACUUGUAACUAAAUGUGGGUAAGGAAAAAUGUGUGGAGUUAUAACUAAAUGUGAAUAAGGAAAAACGUGUGCACUAUUUCAGAAACACUGCUCUUAACCUAUUCACAACCCUAAAGGGCUUUUAGAGAGUAAUGGUUGUUAGUAGCCUUCUAAAUAGUAUUAAGCUUUCAAUCCUAAAUAUAUCUGUAUAAAGUAUAGCUUCAAAAAAACAACAAAGGCACAUUGGGCUUAUUAUGGAAGUCUUUUUAUCAAUGAACAUGAACAUCUGGCCACUAAAUUCUUUAACUGAAAUUUGAAGGAUUUAGAAAAGGUAAUUCUUUAUUAGGAAAUCACAGUUGCAUCGAUUCAUGGUAUAGUGGUUCAUGGUAUGUGUUGAUAAUCCUUUUAGUUAUGGGUGUAAACUAUAUAAUGUAGUGCUUAGAGGUUUAAUCUUCAGAUGAUGUAAUGUCACCAUAAAUUGUAGUUUACCAAUAGCUCUACAGUGCUAACCUGAUAUGUUCCUUGUAAUUUGUUUUUAUCUUCAUCUGAGAAGAUAUUCAAAUUUAGAUACUUAUUCGGUUAUCCAGUGAAGGCAAGCAUAUCUAAAGGCAUCUGAAUCAGCUCUCCCUAGAGGCACUAAAUCCUAAAAGAGUUUACUCAGAAACUUACCUGAUUGUAGAAGAUAAUGAUGUAUGAAGGUUUUACAUUUCUUGAAUUUUACUUUUUCUACUUGUCCAACAGUGGCCAGUUUAUAAUGUUUAUAUAGUUAUUCACUGUGCCUUAAAUUUUUAUAUUUUUAUUUAUGCAAACUAUAAAAUUUCCCAUAAAUGCAUUAAAUGGUUUUGUCUUUUUAAGCCUCUUUCACUUUUUCUUCCUUUUCAUCCCUUUUAAUAAUUACUGUUCCUUCUGAAUCACAGUUCAUGCUAUUCUAGCCUAUUCUUUCAUUUCAUUUAAACUAAACAGUAUAAUUGAGAAUCUUUACACUCAGUAACAAAUUCUGUAACAAAAUUCCUUAGCAAAAUUGAGUCGUUUUGUAAAGUGUAACCCUGAUGCUGGUUAAUAACGCUAGGCAAGUUUUUUCUUUUCCUGUCUUUUGUCUUUUUUUUUUUUAGCACAGCACCCGCGGCAUAUGGAGGUUCCCAGGCUAGGGGGUCUAAUCAGAGCUACAGCUGCUGGCCUACACCACAGCCACAGCAACGCCAGAUCUGAGCUGCAUCUGCAACCUACACCACAGUUCAUUGCAAUGCCGGAUCCUUAACCCACUGAGUAAGGCCAGGGAUUGAACCCACAACCUCAUCGUUCCCAGUUGGAUUUGUUUCUGUUGCAUCACAACAGGAACUCCCAGGCUUUUAAUACCAAUGAUUUUAAUUAAAGUAAAAUACUAAUAAUUUGAAUACUUUUUAUUGAAACAUCCUGUUAAAAUAAACAUCAUAUCCAACCACUUCCCAGAAAUGAAAUGGCUUUACUCUGAUGAAUGGGAAAGUCCAUAAUCUUUGAUAUACCUAAUACUUUAGAAGAAGAUUCAAGGUUAAAUGGUGGAAUUUAAACUAUCCUUCCAAUAUUCAAAUUCUUAAUGACUCAUGUCAGCAAUAUUACCUGAAAACUUCCUUUUACUUCUGAAGAUUAUACAGACUUAAAGUGGACUCCUCUCUUCACCAAAUCACACCUGCCACAUUUGAGCUAAGCGCUUAGAAUCAGAAUUUAUGACCUCGUAAUUUGGUCCCAUUGCUUCUAGACAACUGCCACCAAAAUUCCAAUAACCAGAACAUUUGCUGUAUUCUAUAGGCAUAUGAACUGUUUUAUUUAGACCAUUUCUAAGGAUUCUGCUUCAAAGGUUUUACAUGUAGCAUUCAGACUUAUCUUAAUGAAUAAAGUCUAGUCUUUGCGAGAUCAUGUAUCAUCAAGGUCCGUAGAAUUUUCAUUAUCAUUUGCAACAAGGGCUUCCCUAUUCUCGUAAGUCCAAAAGCCAUUCAGAUCAAUUAGAAUGGUGGUGACUGUGUCACCUUGAUUACUGUUGAUUAAAUCCUGAAGAGAAAUCUUCAAAGGAUCCUUUGGUUUUACCAUAUCAAAGAUUUCAUCCUAUAAGAGAAAAAAAAAUAACAUCUGCUAUCUGAUUCACUUAAUUUCUGUAACACAGUGAUAUAAAAUUCAGGGCUGGCACUUGAGCUAUGCAAAUUUUUUUGUUCCAGUUUUUUUUUUUUUUUUUCCCCAUUUAAUAGGCAAUCACCUCUUCUACAUGUACACCGAAUUUUACUGGAAGAUUCCUUAGGUACAAGCAUACCCCUGGAAAUAUUUUGGGUUCAUUCCAGACCAUCGCAAUAAGGCAAUGUCACAAUAAAGCGAGUCAUGCGAAUUUUUUGGUUUCUCACUGAAUAUAAAAAGUUAUGUUUACACUCUAUGCUAUUAAGUGUGCAAAAGCAUUAUGUCUAAUAAAACAAUGUACAUACCUUAAGUACUUCAUGGCUAAAAAUGCUAA